AUGAGUGAGUUAUCUGUUCCUCUGCAGAUACCUGAUUGUUUCAUAUCCUCUCAGCCUACCUACCCACCCGGUUGUCAUUUGGUCACCUCCGCCUGCCCGAUUGUUGUUUGGUCCCCUCUUCCUGACUGCUUGGUUUGUCAGCUGGUCCCCUCUUCCGGACUGGCUGGUUUGUCGGCUUGUCCCCUCUUCCUGCCUGCUUGGUUUUUAAUCUGGUCCCCUCUUCCUGACUGGCUGGUUUGUCGGCUGGUCCCCUCUGCCUGCCCGAAUGUCGUUUGGUCACCUCUUCCUCCCUGCUUGGUUUGUCGUUUGGUCACCUCUUCCUGCCUGCUUGGUUUGUCGUUUGGUCACCUCUUCCUGCCUGCUUGGUUUGUCGUUUGGUCACCUCUUCCUCCCUGCUUGGUUUGUCGUUUGGUUACCUCUUCCUCCCUGCUUGGUUGUUUUUUUAAGUGGUCCCCUCUUCCUACCUGUCUGGUUUUUAUCUGGUCCCCUCUUCCUGCCUGUCUGGUUUUUAAGUGGUCCCCUCUUCCUGCCUGUCUGGUUUUUAUCUGGUCCCCUCUUCCUGCCUGUCUGGUUUUUAAUCUGGUCCCCUCUUCCUGCCUGUCUGGUUUUUAA